CCGAGCACGUCGCUUCAUUGAGCUGAUCGCUCCACAAUUACGACGUAAACUUUUUCGUACAUUAGUUAUUGGGAUGUAAUGUGAUAGUGAUAGUGGUUUGUGGACUAUUAGAUGUUUUAUAACGGAUUUAUAAUUAUGGGUCACCAUCUGAGAUGAGAUCCCACUUAGCUUGUAGCUUCAGCCGAUAGUGGACAGAUAAGAUGGCGAUAUCACGGCUUUGCUCACGUUUAGUGCUCCUUGUCUUCUUAUUAUUAUGUAAAGAGUAUUCAGUCCGAAGUCUGGAACUGCUGGAACUUCGUGUCCCCACACACGUACCGUUGGGCACGAGGCCAACCCUCUCGUGCAGGUGGCAGCUUGGCCCUUCUGAUGUGCUUUAUUCCGUUAAGUGGUACAAAGAUGGCAAGGAGUUCUUUAGACACGUCCCACGAGAUAGUGAGACGAGGAGAAAAUUCUUUUUACCGGGCGUGGAUGUUGAGGAUUCAAGCCCAAAUGGUGCCAAUGUGACGUUGGCGCCUGCUGCAUUGGAGACGGGCGGUCGUUACCGCUGUGAGGUGUCUGGCGAAAGACCCUUGUUCCCCACAGUCUCCGACCACUCAGAUAUGAUCAUAGUUGCCCUCCCAGAAUUCGGUCCGGUGAUUACUGGGUCCAAACUGCGGUACCACGUUGGUGACCGUGUCCAAGUAAAUUGCACUUCUGGACGGUCCCGGCCAGCAACACGGCUUUCUUGGUACAUCAAUGGAGAACCAGCACCCUCAGGCGCCGUGCUUGCACCAGAACAUCACAGUCACGAGGACGGCCUGGAGACCACGAGUUUGGCACUCGACUUCAAAGUUAAACCAAAGCACUUUAGGAAAGGAGACCUCAAACUCAAAUGUCUAGCGACUAUAGCUACAGUGUACUGGAGGAGCAACGAAGAAAGUGUUCAAGGGGAGAGGAUGAAGGGCUAUGCAAGGUCUCGAGAACUCGCUGAAAAUUCUCGAGCUGAUCGCGUCCAAGCUGCUGGCUGUGCCAACCCAUCUGCGCUUAUAACCAAAUUAUUACUGUUUUUCCUCAUUAUUACCAAUAAAAUAGAAAUGUUUAUUCCUUUUCAAUUAUUUUAAUGUUUGCAUGCAGUUAAAUAUACAAACGAGAAAAGCCUUUUGGAAUCAUUAAUCCAGUAAAAAUUCUCUAAUUUUCCUUCUGACAAUCGGAAUGUUUUAUUAUUCGGUAAUUGCUGGUAUUAAUUGGUAUUAUUUUCAUUCAAAGGUCAGGUAUAUAUUAUGUUUGUACGUAAAUUACGCUGGAAAUAUAUUCGGCCCGUAGCCACUCGUUUAAAUAUACAUUUUGAUCAAUCUUCUCUAAUUGUACAAAUUUGUUUUCUGGUUAUAUAAAUGGAAGAAAAGUUCAUUUCAGUUUCAGUGGUUAAUAACCACGAGAGCUUAAUAACAUAUCAUGAGGAAAAUUGAAUUUAUUUUCUUUUCUCAAUAAAUUGUUUAAUAAUUCUUCAAGUACUGUUUUACCAAUUCUCAAAAAAUAAUGUUCUUUAAAUAUCAUAUAUAACAUUGUACUGUAAUGCCAAAAAGAAAAAUCUACUUUAUUCAAGAAAAUUGCGUAUUUAUUUUCAGAUUAUUCGCUUUUCCAUAUAAGCUGCUUUUCUUAGAAUCGUUAGUGCAGUUGAAAACAAAGAAAACAGUAUAUUAGUGAAAUAAACGUUUUAUAACUAGUCACUUUAUCAAAGCUUACGGAUAAUUAAAUAAGAAUAAAAGAUUUCUUAAUAUACAGGGACAAUAGAAUAAACGUUGAUUAUGAAUGUCCUAGUAUUCGCGAAACUUCAAUUUCGGAUAGGUAUAUACACAGUUGAGAGCAGUGUUGGCCUAGUGGCUUCAGCAUGCGAUUCUCAUCCCUAAGGUCGUAGUUUAGAUCUCGGCUGUGUACCAAUAGA